AUGCCUGUGGCAUUCCGUGUCCUCGGCCUCCUGGUCUGUUUGUCCUACUGGUGUAGCCAGGCGGUGCGAGACCCCUCCGGCCCUUUCAGCGGCCCGUAUACUGAUAGCGAGGCACCAGACCGUGAUGGCAUCGAGGCUGAAGUUGCAUUGUGGGCUGAGCAUCCCUCUGCUCUGGCGUCUGAGUCAGCACCGUUGACGCCCUUGGACCUCUCCUUGCCAUACCUGCGGAGCCUUAUUUCUGGAAUGAUCCCUUUAUCUGCCGCAUUGCUCCAGCGUGCUACUGUUGCUGAGCUGCAGCACCUAUGCCGUGUGUGCCUGCAAGCCGGUCGCCACUCUUGCUUCACGGCCCAAACUGUGUCUUCCCUCCAGGCCUUUGUGCAUAUGCCUCCUGUUUCUGUCGUUUGGGCUCCGCCCACGCCAGGUCCUUUAUGCGGGUCUGCGCCGACGACUCCGGUGCCGCCGCUGCCGUGCUCUGAAGAGGUGAUGACUAUGCUGCGUGCUCUGGAAGAGCGCCUGUCAACCCUGGAAGAGGUGGUUGGCACCGUGCAAUCAAGCCGUAGCCCGCGCCGCAAUGUGCUCCGCCGGUUACGAGAUUUGGAGAGGUCUUCCUCGUAG